AUGGCGGACGAAGUAAUCGACAUUGAAGUCGCCAGGCAAAAAAUGAGACAAUGGCGCGAUGAACCUCUUCGAAACAGUGAAGAGGUCACUGAAUUUGGUGAAUGUCUUAUUUUCGAGCAUGGAAAUAAACUCGGAGACGAGCUGUGGACGAUCUAUGAGCAAGUAUUCUUGGCUUCGAUCGACUGUCGAAAAAUGGAUUUGGCGACCAUGUGCUUGAGGGAACUCAAAUCACAAUUUCCUAAUAGCGUACGAGUCAAAAAACUCAAUGCAAUGCGCCUGGAAUCGUUUGAUAAAUACGACGAAGCCGAACAGAUUUAUGAGAAGAUUCUGGAGGCCGAACCAGCGAACGGUGCAGUCCGUAAAAGGCUGAUCGCUAUCCUCAAGGCGCAGAACAAGGUUGGGGAAGCAGUUAAAGAGUUGAACGAAUAUUUGAAGAAGUUCAUGAGUGAUCAAGAGGCGUGGAAUGAGUUAGUUGAGCUCUACAUCUCACAGCAGGAUUACAAAAAGGCGAAGUUCUGCAUGGAAGAAUUGAUCUUAAUAAAUCCCCACAACCAUCUGUUCCAUCAGAGGCAUGCCGAAAUCCUGUAUACCCUUGGGGGAAACGAAAACGUGGAAAAGGCAAGGAAAUACUUCGCACAAGCUCUCAAACUCGAUAAUAACAACAUGAGGGCUCUGUUUGGCUUUUUCAUGGCUUCUGCUCAUUUAGCAAAUGCCUCCAAAGAUGUUAAGGCCAAGAAGGAAAAUUCUAAAUUCGCUGCCUGGGCGGCAACACAGAUAAGUGAGAGGUAUCAGAGUGUGAACCAAGCCCACGAAGAGGAGGGUUUUUUAGAACUAGAGAGCAUGCUAGACUCUCUACAGAUUGCCAUUCCACAGAAUAUUUCUUCACAGCGACUUGGUGACAAUUAGAUUUUUACAGGCAGAUACAUGGUAUGUAUCUACAUGAACAUGCAAGUGAAUAUUGAGGAGUUCAAACCUAUGGAGCACAAGACUUAAAUAUUUCUUUUACAAUUGUUGUUUGAUUUGAAAAUCUUGAAACUGAGUAGUGAAAAGCCCAUUUGAUGGGGAUAUAUGGCAGAUUGUUCAAUUUACAUGUAACUUACACGUAUGAUAUUAAAUCUCUAGGCCACAAUCAUCAGCUUUUGUCAAUUUAUGCUAUCUUCAUCAUUCUCCCUUAUUUUUGGUCAGUUUAUUAAAAAAAUUUAACUCUUGUAUGAUAUGAACUGACAAAGUUGAUAGCUGGGUUGAAUUAUAUUUGCAUAGUUAGGAGAACAUAUUGCUUUGCCCUUCUUGGAGGAUCAGGGGCAUGCUCCCACGCUUGUGUAAGGUGACAAACACAAAACAGGAUA